CCGCUCCCAGCCGAGCUCCCAUUGCCAGGGGCUGCGCGGGGAAAGGCGGGGCAGGGAGGCUCCCAUUGGCCGGCGCGUAGCCGUCUCCGCCGGCGGGGGUCGGAUUGGCAGCCGCGAAGGGAGGUUUCUUUGUCGGGGCGGGGGAAGCGGAGCCGCGGCGGCGAUCGCGGUGUGGCUGAUGGAGCGCGGGGGAGCCCAUGGCCGCUGUCCCUCCGCCUGGCAGGGAGUUCAAGACUACGAGCACAUGGUCUGUGAAGGGAAGGAGUUCUGCAUGAAUGGCCGUGGAUGUGGGAAAAUCAGGUUCUGAAGCCUCACUGAAUGUGAAGGCCAAGUCCUAUGGUAGGUGGAACUACACAGAACUAGAGGCCGACUGCCCUGAGCUAGUUAGCAGUGUGCGUCAGCUUUUAGAAGCAGAGGAAGUGAAGUCAUCCCCAAAAGGAACUGAGGAUGCGGCAACGGAUGGAACAGGCCACAGAGUAACUGGUGUCUCCCAGAGAAAGCCCAGCUGUUGUAAAGUAUCUUUAACACCUUCUUCCAGGUUUUCCAGAGCAAGAGCAAAAGCAACAUAUGUGGAGAGGCAGCCAUUAACUGAUUGCUACCAUGAAUGGUUCUAUUUACCCCGUCGCUUUAGCAGAACUCUUUUCCACCCCGGUGGGCAGCAGAUGAAAAUGGUGGAAUGUCCGGGCUGUAAGGAGCACCUUCCGAAUACUCCUGAGCGUCAGCCAACACUUCAGAGCUCAGCAAUGGAUGCCAAAGUUUACAUCUCCAGUUCUGAGUCCCUUCCUGCCCUAAAUGCUGACUGUGGGAGCCAGGCCUCACUUUCCCUUUCUUCAACCACUUUGAAGUCUUUGCCGAACAGAACACUCCCCAGUUUUGAUACAGUAAUCCCACCGUUUUCCAGAUCGAGCCUUUCCACGCCACCUUCAGAAGACGAUGACUUUGAACAGCAGGAGAUAAGAUCAAGAAGCUUACCAGCUCGAAGGGUUUUUUCUUCAUCUGAAGUCUUCCCCUCUCGGUAUCUGCACAGUCGCUCUACUCCAGUAGAAGAUCCCAUGCUCAGCACACCCAGGCCAUUAAAUCCUCUCUUUGAUGACUGCAUAGCUGUGGAACAAGAAAAAAAGAGGUCGUCCUUUCAGGCUGAUUACUGGGCAUGUGCAAUACCUGAUUCUUUACCCCCGUCUCCGGACCGGCAGUCUCCACACUGGAACCCUAAUAAAGAGUAUGAGGACUUGCUUGAUUACACUUACCCUUUGAAGCCAAAAUACAAGCUUGCAAAGAACACCAAGUCUGUGAUGCCUGAUCCCUUCUUCCAUGAUUCUGGUAUAGAUCUUGACAGCUUUUCUCUUUCACCUGAGAGCACUUUGAAGUGUAUCAGUGCACCCGGUCAAAAUCAACAUGCUUCAGGGAGCAACGUAAGCCAGAGUAAGGAGUGUGGGAUCUCGGCAGAGAGAUUUUCAACUCCCUUGUCUAAGAAGCCAGGAUAUUUAGGAACAGUUCCUUAUUAUGGACCUUCACCUAUCACAAAAGUGUCCUUUGCAGAAUGUGUUGCUACUGCCACCAAAGCAGAUCCCAUUAGAGGGUUUGCAAACAGUUUGCUUACUUCGAAGUGUGCUGGACUUGGUUCGUGUGAUCGGACUCACAUAGAUGGGAGAGGCUGGGGUAGUAGAGGAGAUGAAGACUUUUCAAAGUGUCAGGUAAAGAAAAAGGGUGCCAGUCAUUUUAUACCCUCUACGCAAAUACUGCCACUGAAAAAAGCAUGGGAGAAUGAUGAAGAAUUUCUUUCCCUGCCUCCCAGAGUCAAGGAGUUAGAAGGUUUGGCUCGAUAUUUGUCUGAUCUUUCGCUGACUAAAGGGAGACCUGGGCAUGACCAGGUGCAACAAGACCUUCCAUGCUACAGUGGCAGCAGAGGGCAGCUUUCAGCUGACUCUGUUGAAGGUCAAGGCAGCAUAAAGAGCAAAUAUGGAAUUCACGGCAGUGAGGAUUGGGUCCUGUGUCAUGCAUGCAACUCUCAAAAGCCCUCUACAGAAAAUAUUUACCUGAGUAGCCAGGACCACAGGGAAUCUGUAAGCAGAUUGGGAAUGCCCUCCAUCAGGGACAUGCUAGAUGGGAGAUACCUAUGUGCACCGGAGACUGAAGGGCAGCAUCUACCAAAAGGGAGGGACCAACAGAAAGAGUCACUUGCACAAUGUAUUAAGAUAUUUUGCUGUCAGCUAGAAGAGCUAAUUCAUUGGCUGUAUAAAGUAGCAGAAGUUACAGACAACUGGAUUCCACCCGAACCAGACGUUGAAAGUGUGAAGACCUCCCUACAUCGUUACCUGCAAUUCAAGAAAGAUGUAGCUGAUCACCAGACGCUGACAGAGAGUGUGUUACAAAGGGGUGAAACCCUCCUGAAAUGCAUGGUGUCGAAUUCACCAGUUUUAAAGGACACCCUUGGAUUGAUUGCAAAACAAUCAGAAGAACUUGAAAGCCAUGCAGAACGUUUGUAUGAAUCGGUUUUGGCAGCUACGGAUACCAUUGGGGGUGACAGCCUGAUAAAGGACAGUGACACGCAACAAACGGUUGCUGAGGCAAAAGAAGCCAAGUGGGUAAUACCUCUAGCAGAGAUGGAACUUGUCAGCCAGUCUUUGGAGGCAUGAAGGAUGAGAUGCAGCAAGGCACUCUGAGCAAUAACAUUUUCAACUUUUAUAGAAAUGUCAAAGUGAAAUUGAUUACUAAGUACAGUGCAACUUGGCAAUACUGGGAUGCUUUUCACCAGUUUGUGAAGUAAGAGCUGUUGGUUACUGUGUUUUUAUUUAAACUAGUCCUGCAGUUUAAGUUGUUGUUGUUGUAGCAGGUAUACAGGCGCUUUUCAAACAAGCGCUCACGGAUAUUUUCAGUUGCUUUUCCCUUUAGAAGUUGCUUGUUCCAUUUAACAGUGUGUAAUUGUCAGGAACCACCACCCUUUUAAAAGGAGUAUUCCAAACACAGACCCCACAUAACUUGUGAUACUUCAUUUCAAGUAAAGCUGUGUGGUUUAUUUUA